AUGGCGACCCAGACAGCCACGCAGACGCAGCCUGUCUCGGUAGUAAAGAUCAAAGGGAAAGCGGCGGACAUUGACAAGCAUGUCAACCUGGCCAAGUUCUCCAAGGACGUGCCAAAGGCCGACUACGAUCGGGCAGUGGAUCUGAUCAAGUCUAGGCUGGAUAACAUGUCUCUCGUUGCAGCCAAGCUCUCACUUACUCUCGGGCCCAACCACCCUCCGUUGUUAAUCGAUGCACGGGCCAGCCCCGCGACGCUCGAUUUCAUUGCCGACGAGAUGCCCGAAGAUUUGGAUGCCCAGGUCUACAUCACGGCUGUCAUGAUCAAGAGAUUCGUUGACGGCCUCAUGGACGCCCGCUAUGCUCUCAACUGGGGCCAUAUCUUCAUGCUCACUGGUCCCACCCGAGUCGGAGUCAAACUCGUCGACGCUCUGACACCAUUCAACGCCGUCCAUCCUAAGCUGGACCGACUGGAUCUCAAGGACUUGCCGAAGCCCACCGAGGAUAUUGCGCAAGUCCAGCGAGAUCUCGACGUCUGGGGGUAUGGGUUUGUCAAGAACGCUCUUACUCCAGAAGAAGUCCGCGUAUUGAGGAAGCGGCUUAUGGACCAAGCCAAGGGCGAAGCAGACGCCGGCAUUGGAUUCUUCGACGGCGGGGAGAAGAAGCCUAAUCAGCGCGUCUGGUGCCUGCCCAACAAGGGUCAAGAGUUUAUCGAUUUGCUAGAGAACAACAAGACCAUCCAAGACGUGGUGCCGGACUUCCUAGGCGACGACGCAAUCUUGUUCUCGUAUACGGCGAACAUUGCUCGGCCGGGCAACACCCCGAUGCACAUGCACACUGACCAAAUCACCAUCCAACCACCGAUCAGAUCCGUCGCGGUUGGUAUGAAUCUGAUGUAUUUCCUCGAGGACGUCACCCCAGAAAACGGUGGGACUUUGGUCAUGCCAGGGAGCCACAAGGGCAACUGGGCGCCGGACGAUCCAUACGACCCGGUCGAUACUGUGGCUGCAGCUGGUCCUGCUGGAACCUGUAUGGUAUUUGAAAGCAGACUAUGGCAUGCGACAGGUGCGAAUAAGAUGCCCGCAGACAGUGGCAGUGAGCGGCCCGUCAUUCUGGUGUUCUUCACGCGGCCGUGGAUGAGACAGCAAGAGAACUACUCGCUGUCCGUCAAGGAGGACGUGCUUGCCAUGUGCUCCGACAAGGUCAAGGGCUACAUGGGAUUCAGGACCACUGGAAGCAUUGGUGGGGUCCAGACUAGGAAGAAGGAUGGAGAGAUUGUGAGACGACCAAAGGAAGACGAGUAUAUUGGCGUCAUGGGCGUGGGCAGUUCUAAGUACUAG